AUGGAUCAACCCUAUGAUGGAAGCAAUUUGAAUCUGAACGGGAAGCAGAUUAAUUAGCUUGCUGUUUUCCGAUCUCGAGAGCCCUCAGGAAGCAAUCACAUUUUGAAUGCUGGAUCAGAAGCGAGCAAUGCGGGAAACAGUAGAUAUAAGUAAAGUAAGGACGUUGAGUAAAUUAUGGCAAAGAAAUAUUAGAAUAAAAAGACUUUGGCUGAGAUUCAAAGGGAAAAUAUCCUGAACGAAUACCUCGACGAUGUAAUUCAUCAUAGAAAUUAGAAGCAAAGCAGUUUGUCAUUACCAGAUGUCAAUGAUUAAAAAAUGCAGCAGCAAUUUCAAGCAAGAAGAAAAUCUAAGAUAGAAAUUGUAGAGGAUAAAGUGGGAAUCGACUCAUUGUAAAUCGAAUAGUCAGGAUCCUCUGAACGAAUUAAGCUGUUUAAUAAAGCCUAUCAACAAUCCCAUUCUGGCUACCGCAUCCACAGUCAAACAGAACUAAGCAAUCCUUCCACAGGCACAACUGUAAUAGAUUUAGAUUAAUUCAAAACAUAGUAAAGUAGUCUAAAGAUGCCUGCUCUUGAGAGUCAGAGAAAGCUGUCUCAUCAAGAGUUUGAACCAUAUUCGCUCUACUUAGAGAGUUUUCGUAAAAAUUUGGAUUUGAUUGCUGAGAAGCAGAAGCAACUUGAUGUUGCUGGUUCUUAAAGCAGUAAUAUUCAGGGAGUUAUACAUAGAAAAAAUCAGAGAAUUCAUAGCAAGUAGGGAGCAAUAGUUGUAGCUCCUAAAGAUCAAUUAAUGCAUCAAUAGAACAGUCAUCCAGUAUAAUUAGUAAGCCAAGAAACUAAAAAUUUCAUUGACAAUAGAGAAGUAUCUCAUUUCUACUUUUUGCCUCAGAUAUAAAAAAGACAAUAACAAAUAGCUACUCAGUAAAGCAUUAAGAAUACAUUGACAGUCAAUGGUUCUUAGGCUCAAUAAAAACUACAAUAGCAAUUGAAAUAAUAAAUAAAUGGAUUUAAUGCUUAAUAGAUUGCAAGUGGUGGAGGUACCGUUGCUCAUAAUAACGCUUAGGCUAGGACUAGAAAUAAUUCAUCCAUGGAAAUUUAGCUCAAAUUGCAAGAUACGUAAACAAUUCGAAACAGUUAGUAGCAGAAAAUUUAGCAAAUAUAAUAGAUAGUGUUGGAUGAGAUCAAGAAUUAAUUGAGUCAAAAGAAUAGAAUGAAACUGAAACAAUUAAUAUCAAGACAGAUAAUAAAUGAAGGCAUGAAUGAUAUGAAACAUAAUAGCAAUAAUAUCUAGAACACCAACAAUAACAGAGGGAGUUUGGACUUAAUCAAAAUAAAGACCAAUGUGCUGAAUCAAAGUUAUGAUCAGGAUGCAAAGAAACUGUUUAUAUAAUCAUAUGCUUUUGAUCCACCAGCACAAGAUUCAGUUGAUAUCAGAAUCUAGAGAAUGACUAUGAAGCCAAAGUACUAAAAUCAAGCUUAGUAACACUCUCAAAAUGUAAGAUAGUAAAUGCAGAGUCUCAAGUAAAAAACUCAACUUGAUCAAAAUUCUGAUUCUAAGAAAAACUCCAUAAAACCAUCAGAGUAAAGUUACAAAUCUAGUUAGGUUGAAGACUAUUCACCCUAGAAACUUAAUUAGCAGCAGACUUUCGCAAUGAGGUAGAGCAAAAUUAAAAUGAUAUAAAACAAUAUGAAUCAGAAGACAGCCGCCUAGUAAAUGCUAACUUUAGAAGCCACCCCUAAAUUGAUUAACAAAGUCCAACCAGAUAUAAGCCCCUUAAACAGUUUCAAAAAUAGUUAGUUAUCUCCUAAUAUGGGUAAUAAGCUGGAUAUUGAAAUCUAUGAUGAUCGUAAUGAUAAUAAGUAUGAGAAAAGCCCUCAAAAGUCGCUAAUUGGUACCAAAAGUCUCAGCUAGUUGACAAGGAAUAUAGAUAUACAGUAAAUACCCUCAAGCACCUUUGCUUCUGAGACAAUGAAAAUUAAAGAGACCAAAAAGAAGAUUAACAAAAAGAGCUAGAGAUACGGGGCUGCAAAUGCGGGAGCAGGGACUGGUCUAAACUGUGGCUCUGGAAGCCAACUCAAUUCUGUAAUAUCUAACCUUAAUAACGAUAUACUCAACAUUCUAUGA